CACAUCAGCCCAAGGCCUCCCCCUCCUCCUCCUUACCUCCACUAACCCUUGCACCGGCGGCGGCGCGAAGGCGCUUUACUUGCUUUCUCCCCUACCCCCGCCUACGCCGCCAAAUGGCUCUCGUCGCCGGCUCCUACGAGCGCUUCAUCUGGGGCUUCUCCCUCAAAACCCUAACGGCCUCCUCCACCGCAUCGACGGAAACCCUAUCCCUCGCGCCGCUCUUCUCCUACCCGGCCCACACGGGCCCCGUCCGCUGCGUCGCCGCGGCCCCACGGGCCGGGCUCGCCGCCUCGGGCGGCGCCGACGACUCCGUCCGCCUCUACGACCUCCCCACGGCCGCCGACCUGGGCCCGCUCCUUGACCCCUCCUCCGCCGUCUCCGCGCUCGCCUUCUACUCCCGCGGGCCCGUCCCCCGCAACCUCAUCGCCGCCUGCGACGACGGCGCGCUCCACCUCUACGACGCCGACGGCUUCGCGCUCCUCGCCACGCUCCGCGCCUUCCCGCGCCACGAGGCGGCCGAGGGGCUCGCCGUGCACCCGUCGGGGCGCGUCGCGCUCGCCGUCGGCCGCGCGGGGGCGCUCUCCAUGCUCAACCUCGUCCGGGGACGGCGCAGCUUCUCGUGCCGCCUGGAGCGCCCCGCGUCCGCGGUUGCGUAUGCUGAGGAUAGUGCCGGAGGUGAUCGAUUUGUGAUGGCCGUCGAGGAGAAGGUGACCGUGCAUGACUCCGUGGACGCCAGGAUCAUCCAUGAGAUGGACUGUGGCAAGAGGGUGCUAGCCUUUGCGCCCGCAAAGAAUGGAGUCCUUUACACUGGAGGAGAGGACCGUGGUAUUACUGCUUGGGAUCUGUCCAGCGGCAAGGUCUCCUCACGCAUUGACGGUGCUCAUGCAACUCGUGUAAAAGGGGUUGUCGUCUUUGAUAACCGGAAUGAUGGAUCGGAGCUCUCCAAUCUAAUUGCUUCGGCUUCAUCUGAUGGUGUCAUAAGGAUAUGGGAUGUUCGGACGAUUGGGAAUGCAAAGCCUACUCCAUUAGCAGAGGCAAACACAAAAGCAAGGCUAACUUGUCUUGCUGGAACAUCAUUGAAAUGAGUUAAGGAAUGCAAGUGAAGAGCGAAUGAUGAAGCAAAUUGUUGAAGAGCGGCUGAGCUUCCGUUUUUGUAAUGGUUAGUCCUAUAAUGGAUUGGUAUUAGAGAACUGGACCUGGAAGGUAUUGGAGAACUGGAACGGUGGAACCUGAAAGAAGACUUGAAGCUGGAUGCAUUUGAAUUGUAUGAUAGUCGUCGAUUAUACAUCAACAUAGUUUGGCUUAUGAGAGAUUGUGUGAUUUGAUUGUACUGCAAGUUUUGCAAUGAGACCCAUUCCCAAUAUUAACUGGGCGCU